AUGGCGGAUUCCAAGAAGGUCUUCUCGCUCGAAGGCAAGGGCCUAAAGCUGACCACAGCCGAGGACCUUGAGCCUCACAUCAAAGACCUGAGGGCUUUGGACGACCUGGAGGAGAUAAGACUACUUGGAAACACUCUGGGAGUUGGCGCAUGUAAGCUUCUGGGAGAGAUACUGGCUACCAAGAAGACAUUGCAGGUCGCAAACCUCGCCGACAUCUUCACCGGCCGUCUCCUGAGCGAGAUCCCAGAGGCCCUGUCCUACUUGCUCACUUCCAUUCUCAACCUGCCAAAUCUCCACACGAUAAACCUGAACGAUAAUGCCUUCGGUCUCAACACUCAAGCGCCUCUUGUCGCAUUCCUUGCGGCACACGUGCCCCUGCAACACCUCUACUUGAACAACAAUGGCCUGGGCCCCCAUGCAGGAAUCCUUGUCGCCGACGCGCUGAGUGAGCUCCACGAGAAGAAGGAGGCGGCGCGCAAGGAAGGAAAGACGGUGCCUGACCUGGAGACUGUGAUCUGUGGGCGCAACCGCUUGGAGAACGGCAGCAUGACGGCAUGGGCCAAGGCUUUCAGCCUCCACAACAAGAUCAAGGAGGUCAAGAUGGUACAGAAUGGUAUUCGUCAGGAGGGCAUCUCGCACCUUCUCAGCCAUGGUUUGAACAAAGCUUCUGGCCUGGUCACGCUGGAUCUGCAGGACAAUACUUUCACGCUAAUGGGUGCAAAGGCCCUUGCUAAGGUCACGCCCACCUGGGCUCAGCUGAAGGAGUUGGGCGUUGGAGACUCGCUUUUGGGUGCCAAGGGUGGCGUUCUCCUUGGUGAUGCUCUUGCUCAAGGAAACAACAAGAACCUGGAGAUUCUGCGCCUGCAAUACAACGACAUCACCUCGAAGGGCGUGACAAGCCUGGCUAAGGCUGCGAAACAGGCUCUACCGGCGCUCAAGAAGGUCGAACUCAACGGCAAUAAGCUAAGCGAGGACGAUGAGGGCAUCGUUCUCCUGCAAGAGCUUCUGGAGGAGCGCAAGGAGAAGCUUGGCGGAAAUGUCGUGAUCGAAGACGACUGGGGCUUGGACAGUCUGAGCGACCUCGAAAGUGAAGACUCAGACGAGGAAGAGGAAGAAGAGGAGGAAGAGGAGGAAGAUGUCGGACCUGAGGAGCGGGCCGAAAAGCUUGUCAAGGAAGCCGAGGAGGCUCAAGAAGAGCCCGUCAUUCAGCAAAAGGACAAGGAGGUGGACGAUCUGGCCAAGAGUCUGGAGAAGACUUCAAUCUAG